AUGCAUCGAUCAAACGGUUACUCAUACUCCACAAGUUCAAGAAACCACGGCACGAGCAGUGCCUUCAGUCCCAAUGCCAACCCUAAUGAGGACUGGACCAAGAUCUCUGACUUGGCUGAACGGCGUCGUAUCCAGAAUCGCAUUGCCCAGCGCAAUUAUCGCAAGAAGCUAAAGCGCCGCCUGGAGGACCUUGAAAAACGUGCUGCCUCCGCAUCCGAAUCCCCAGAGCGCUCUCUAGAGCCGGAACCGCCAGUUAGAGUGACCGUCAAGUCUCGCGCAAAGCAUACUCGCGCAUCCAAGUCGACAUCCGAUAUCCACAGUCCCGCAUCGACAGACCGUGCGUCAACAUACGAUAGCUAUCCCACACCAGAGGAACGGGGGUCGAUGUUUUCAUACCAAAGCACCCGACAGCUUUCCACUUCCCCACCACCCCUCCUCUCGUACUCCUCGCUCGACGCCUACGGACAGCACUCAUACGGACACCCGCCAGCAUACCACUCUCUUUCCGCGCCCUACGGCGACAUGGCCUACCACGGCGAGUACCCCUCGCCCGUGCCUUCUCUCCUCCCUGUCGCGAUGCACGGCUCCGUACCAGCCAAAAGGUACUCCUCGUACGGCGACGACGAUAUCAUCAGCCCGUUCAAUAUGAGCUACGCCUCGAUGGCGGGAAUCGACCUGGCUCCCGCGCAACAUCACCAGGAGCAUAGUAACAUUCCUAUGCCAGCUUUGUCGCAAGGAUACGGCGAUGACCACUCCUCUCCAUCGACGCCCGCGGAGCCUUCUCUGGCUUGCCCUCUGACGCCGGAGUUGGACACUACCUCUUUACACCCGUACCCUCCACUGCUUUGA